AUGGCGUCAGUCCAGCCGUCCACGGAGACGACGCAGCCAGCAGGGCCGCCUGCCAACGAUUCUAAUUCUCCCGCCAGGGACGAUGGCAGCAGGAGCGCCGAGGAGAAGGCAGCGAUCGACAACUGGCUCCCCAUCAACGCGUCGAGGAACGCCAAGUGGUGGUACUCCGCCUUCCACAACGUCACCGCCAUGGUCGGCGCCGGCGUGCUCGGCCUUCCCUACGCCAUGUCCGAGCUCGGCUGGGGCGCUGGCGUCACGAUUAUGCUCUUGUCAUGGAUCAUCACGCUGUACACGCUGUGGCAGAUGGUGGAGAUGCACGAGAUGGUCCCCGGAAAGCGGUUCGACCGGUACCACGAGCUCGGGCAGCACGCGUUCGGCGAGCGGCUGGGCCUCUGGAUCGUCGUGCCGCAGCAGCUCGUCGUCGAGGUGGGCGUCAACAUCGUCUACAUGGUCACCGGCGGCACCUCGCUGAAGAAGUUCCACGACACGGUCUGCGAGAGCUGCAAGCAACUCAAGCUCACCUACUUCAUCAUGAUCUUCGCCUCCGUCCACUUCGUGCUCUCUCAGCUCCCCAACUUCAACUCCAUCUCCGGCGUGUCCCUUGCCGCCGCCGUCAUGUCGCUCAGCUACUCCACCAUCGCGUGGGGCGCGUCGGUGGACAAGGGGAAGGUGGCGGACGUGGACUACGGGAUGCGGGCGACGACGACGACAGGGAAGGUGUUCGGCUUCUUGGGAGCGCUAGGGACCGUGGCGUUCGCCUACGCCGGGCACAACGUGGUGCUGGAGAUCCAGGCCACUAUCCCGUCGACGCCGGAGAAGCCGUCCAAGAAGCCGAUGUGGAAGGGCGUCGUCGUCGCCUACAUCGUCGUCGCGCUGUGCUACUUCCCUGUCUCAUUCGUCGGUUACUGGGCCUUUGGCAAAACUGUUGACAGCGACAUCCUCGUCACGCUCUCCAGGCCCAAGUGGCUCAUCGCCCUCGCCAACAUGAUGGUCGUCAUCCAUGUCAUUGGCAGCUACCAGAUUUAUGCGAUGCCGGUGUUCGACAUGAUGGAGACGGUGCUGGUGAAGAAGCUGCGGUUCCCUCCAGGCCUGACGCUCCGUCUGAUUGCCCGUACCGUCUAUGUUGCGUUCACAAUGUUCAUAGCCAUCACCUUUCCCUUUUUCGAUGGAUUGCUCAGUUUCUUCGGUGGAUUCGCGUUUGCGCCGACAACUUAUUUCCUUCCCUGCAUCAUGUGGCUCGCAAUCUACAAGCCCAAAAGGUUCAGCCUCUCAUGGUUCGCCAAUUGGAUCUGCAUUAUACUUGGAGUGCUUCUGAUGGUACUGGCGCCGAUUGGAGGACUCCGGAAUAUCAUUAUUAGCGCCAAGACAUACCAUUUCUACCAGUAA